AUGGCGACCGAUACCCCUCACAAGCAGGAAUUCCGCAUUCGAGAUCUCUCCACUCGAAGCGUGCUCCUCUUCCCCUCCCGCGCCCAGGUCAUCCGAGACAUCAAGAACAUCACCCUCCAACCAGGCGCCAACCAAAUCGUGAUCGACGGCCUCGCCCCACUCGUCGACGAGCACUCCAUCAAAGUUGAAGGCACAGGCUCAGCAACCAUCACAGACGUCACUGUUGAUUUACUACCUAAUCGUGAAGUCUACGAGGAUGUGUACCCUUCCGACUCUGAAGACGAGGAUGAUUCCGAGUCAGAGGAUUCAGAUGCCGAGGUUGAUGAGAUGAAGCGUAUUAAUGAUCGAAUCAAGAAGUUGAAUGUGCGGCUUCUGGAUGAGCAGGAGAAAAUCAACUCUGCUGCGAAUCGGCUGAAGAUCUGUGAUAAUUUCGGUAAGAGUGUUGAGACUGAACGACCUCCGCCUGCGGACCUCGAUAAGUUGAUUGCGGCGUACGAUACUGAGAGGAAGAAGAUCUAUCGCGAUCACGAAGCUGCCACUUGUGCUGUAGAGGAUGUUCGAGAAGAGAUUCGGAAGACGGAAAAAGAGAAGAUGAAAUUGGCGAAGGCGCUGGUGAAGGCUAAUGAGAAGGCGGAGAAGGAGAAGUCGAAAGAGAGGGAGAAGAAAUUGAGGAAGAAGGCUGAGACUGCGAAGGAGAAGCAGAGAAUCAGAGCGGAGAGAGAAUCGUUCUGGCCGAAAAAAGUUUACUGCAUUACUAUCAACUUGGAGCCAUCCAGCUUGACGCCUGGCUCAUCUAGGAGAAGCUCGAUUGAUGGAGAUACCGUUGUCAAUCUCGCCACUUCGGACUUCCAUGAGCCAUCCAAUGCCCCGCUAAAGACUGGUGAGAUCUCUUUGUCUCUGUCGUACAUCACUCACGGUGCCUAUUGGGCUCCACGAUACGACCUCAGUCUCAACACCGUCAAAUGUACUGGGGUCCUGGAAUACGGCGCAGAAUUGAAGAACACCACAUCCGAAACUUGGCGCGAUGCAAAAGUCAUCCUCUCAACCUCCCAAACGACAUUCAGUGGUCUGAGCGAGACCAUCCCAAUACUUCUACCCUGGCACGUCCGCUUGGAGAAAGGUGCUCGCAACGCAGACAGUUCUCUCUUCAGUCAACACGAGCUCCAAGCCAAACAGAAGGAAUGGAGCCAAACAAAAGGCGACAGCAACCAGAAACCUCGAUGGGAACUCUUCGGACGGGACGACUCAUCGAGAAAUGCGAUCCUUGCCCAGCAAAAUCAACAGGUUGCUGCGAAGAAAUCCGCACGCCUCAACCAAGCCCAGAACAUGCUCAGCCGAACAAGCCACGCUAUGCCUCAGAUGUUUGGUUCCGCACAAGCAGCAGUUCCACCUCCCCCUGGCGGCGCCUUGUUCAGUGCAGUUUCUCGUGCUCGAGGCCAUGAUAUUCAAUCCGAAGCAUAUGAUUCACGUGGUGGCAGCCGCUUCCUGCGCGAAGAGAAAGAGGAAGAAGACGACUCCGACGGCGACAUGGGCUACGCUCUCUUCGACGAGGCAACUCCCGCCCCCAAAUCUCUAACCUUCGAAGAAGGAGCUUGGGAAGAAACCGGCAUGACAACCACCUACGACGUCCCCGGCACCAAGACCCUCUCUCCCAACAACUCGACCAUCAAGCACAAGAUCGCCAAAAUCGAUUUCAAGAACAUCAUCUUCUCGCACAUCGUCGUCGGCAAGCUCAGACAAGUCGCUUUCCUCAAAGCUCGCUUGAGAAAUACAUCCAAAAUCACCCUUUUGAAAGGUCCACUGGGCUUAACACUCGACGGAUCUUUCCUCGGCCAAGCAUCCUUCCCGCGCUGCUCGGCCGGGGAAUCUUUCUCGCUCCCUCUCGGCGUAGACCCAGCUAUCAACAUUGCAUACCCCAAACCAACCGUCCGCCGCAGCCAGACGGGGAUCUUCUCCAAGGAGGAUAGCAACGUGUUUACCCGCACGGUUGUCAUCACGAACACGAAACAUAACGCCCCGGUUGAAUUGACUGUUCUUGAUCAAGUGCCUGUCUCAGAGGACGAGCGCCUGAAGAUCGAGAUUGCGAGUCCGAGAGGACUGAAGAUUGGUGGCGAGCCGGUGAGGGCGGGACAGAGUGCGUUUGCGGGUCCUGUGACUGCUGUGGCGAGCUCAUCGGGUAGUGUCAGAGGUGCUGGCACGGCGAAGGAUGUUAGGGCUAGUGUGUAUGGAACUGAUGGGAAUGGGAAGGAGGCUGCGCAGAAUGGGGGGAAGUGGGGGAGUGCGGUGGCGACGACGAAGAAGGGUGGGGAGGUGGUUUGGAAUGUUAAAUUGAAUCCGGGGCAGGGCGUUAGGUUGGUUUUGGAGUAUGAGGCUACGUUUCCUGGUGGGGAGAGAGUUGUUGGUGUGCCGGUGUCGAGGAAUCAGAAUGGGUUGUUUGAUUAG